AUGUCAUCUCCAAGCACCAUCAACAGCAAGAAAAUCAUCGCCGUCGUAGGCGCAACCGGCAACCAAGGAGGCUCCGUGGCCCGAACAUUCCUCUCAUUGCCUCACUGGCACGUUCGAUGCCUCACCCGCAGCCCAGCCUCACAAGCAUCUCAGACUCUGAGGGAUCUUGGCGCCGAAAUCGUCCAGGCAGACCUCGGCGACAUAUCAUCCUUGCGCCGAGCCUUUUCCAACGUGCACGCCAUCUUCCUCAACACCGACUUCUGGACCGUCUUCCGGCCCGCCAUGGCGUCCGGGAAAGACGAAGUCGAGGCCGGAAAACUCGCAUUUGAAACCGAGUUCUCCAACGGCAAGAACGCAGCCAUGGCCGCAGCAGAAGUACCAACACUGGAACGCCUAGUCUUCUCUGCGCUUGGACCCAUGGAAAGGGCCUCAAACGGCAAAUACAAGACGUACCACUGGGCCGGCAAGAGCAGCAUUGCGGACUACAUUGAGACCGAACUACCUGAACUCGCCCAGAAGAAGCUUUCAGUCAUCUACCUCGGAGCCUAUAACACGAAUCAGUUCGUUGCUGCUCCGGUACGAAUCCCGCCGGCUCAGACUGAGGGGCAGGACAACUACGGCUUUGUGCUUCCGUUCCCCAAGGAAACGAGGAUCCCGAUUGUUGACCCCAUUGAAGCCACUGGCCUGUUUGUUCGAGCGUUGAUCGAAGACGAGCCCGCGGGUACAAAACUCUUGGCUUACAACGAAUCGAGUUACCUCGAUUUUGAGAGUCUAAUGGAUAUCUGGUCCAGCGUGACUGGUAAGAAGAUGGUGUACGUCCAGACCACCGUUGAAGCGUUGCAUGAAAUGACGGGACUCCCGCGGGAGAUUCUGUUGGGCGGUGCAUACUUGGGCGAAUUUGAUUAUUGUGCUGGUGUGGAGGGGGUCAUUGAGCCCCAUCAACUUAAGCAUAAGGUGCAGACAAAGUCUUUCGAGGAGUGGUUAAAAGAAGGGCAUCUCAAGGACAAGAUUGUCUAG